AUGUGUAAUUACGUAUGGUUCAGUAUGGCUGGUACGAAAAGAGAUCCGCCGCCGAUCCUGGAAUGUGUCACAGAGGUGAAGAAGUUCCGAAGUGGAGGAGGUAGUGAUGAAGCGGCCAUGACCGUAACACGUUCUAAUUCCAAUAAUGUUCAAAAUCCCAUUGCUGAUGGUAAAGCUCCUUUGUGCUCUACAGCUGAGACACAUUCUCACUCUCAGCAUGAGAAAGAACUCAGAAGGGAACGUGGAGAAAUGCUUCUCCGACUAUAUCGAGAGCACCCUUUGCUCAUUGACACAGCGACUGCAAGAACCAUGGAGAAAAAUCAAGAACGGGCUCAGUUAUGGGAGAAGAUAACCUAUCAGAUCAAUGAUGUCUUUGGCAGCAAGCUCGAAGUUCUAUCUGUGGAAAAAACAAAGAAGUUGCUGACAUAUUAUAAGAAGAAGGAUGAUGGGAGCCAUGAAAAACUGUGCGGCUUU